GAGAGAAUGGCAGCCAAGAACUCUUCCGUGACAGAGUUUAUCCUUGCAGGUUUAACAGACAAGCCAGAACUUCGGAUCCCCCUCUUCUUCCUGUUUCUAGGUUUCUACGUGGUCACAGUACUUGGGAAUCUGGGCUUGAUCUUCCUGAUAGGCUUGAACCCUCACCUGCACACCCCCAUGUACUUCUUCCUCUUCAACCUCUCCAUAGUAGAUUUAUCUUACUCCACUACCAUCACCCCCAAAAUGCUGAUGAGUUUUAUCACCAAGAAGAACAUGAUCAUGCAUGCUGGGUGCAUGACUCAGCUCUUUUUCUUUUGCUUCUUUGUCAUUUCUGAGUCUUUUGUCCUUUCAGCAAUGGCGUAUGACCGUUAUGUUGCCAUCUGUAACCCAUUGGUGUACACGGUCACCAUGUCUCCCCAUGUGUGUUUACUCCUCUUGUUAGGUGCUUAUGGUAUGGGCUUUGCUGGGGCUAUCGUCCAUAUAGGAAGCAUAAUGAGUCUGACCUUCUGCUCUGACAACCUCAUCAAUCAUUUCAUGUGUGACAUCUUUCCCCUCCUUGAGCUGUCCUGCAACAGCACUAGUGCAAAUGAGUUGGUGGUCUUUAUUGUUGUGGCCAUUGUCAUUGGAAUACCCAUUGUCACCAUCUUCAUUUCUUAUGUCCUCAUCCUGUGUAGCAUCCUUCGCAUUAGUUCCACUGAGGGUAGAUCCAAAGCCUUCAGCACCUGCAGCUCCCACAUGAUCGUAAUUUUUCUUUUCUUUGGUUCUGGGGCUUUUGUGUAUCUCACACCACCAUCUCUUUUGCCCCUUGGCCAAGGGAAAGUGUCUUCUCUAUUUUAUACUAUUGUGGUACCUAUGUUAAAUCCAUUAAUCUAUAGCUUGAGGAAUAAGGAUGUCAAAAUUGCCUUGAAGAAAACUUUUAACAGAAAAAUAUUUUCCUAA